GACAGCACGGCUAACGCGUUUUCUACUAUUGUACAGACAGCGCAAACUACCGGCCUGUCAGAGUUAAGCUAACUUCGAUCGAACGAGCUACUACCAUUACUACUGGGAGUUUACCUGUGAUUUUAGUGUUACGGUUUACUGUGGAAAAAAAUAAAAUAAAUAAAUACUGAAAAUAUUGUUAUAGAAGGAUUUUCUCAAGAAAUUUCAAUUUUGGUUAUAUUCCCAGGAUUUCUAUUCAGUGUUUAAGGUUUCAUAUCUAGUUUACGGGAUACUAGUGCUACAGUUUACAUUUCGUUUUGUUUGUGACAGAUUCUGUACCAUUUGGGGAUAUACUUCAUCGAAUAAUUUGUAAACAAAACCAGUGUUAAAAUGUGAUUGUUUUAGUGAAGUGUUCAAGGAAAAUAUACGCGAAAUGUGAUGUAAAAAAUAAGCAGAAAUUGAGUUCAGAUAUAACAAAAAGUCACAAAAAUGGGGCGGAUUGCCCGAAGAACGUUUUGGAUUUAUGUUGCCUGUGUUUUGUGUAGUUUCGUGGAUUUAGCACGAGGAGUCACGUGCCCGUUAGAAUGCACGUGCACGAGAAGCAGGAUGGACUGCUCAUUUAAGCAUAUCCGUAGCAUCCCCACCCCCAUACCGCCUAGCAUUAAAAAAUUGGAUUUACAAGGAAAUGAAAUCUCAAUCAUCAAAACAAAUGAUUUUAAAGGACUUCGGCAUUUGCGGAGCUUAAAUCUUAUGAAAAAUCAAAUACAAACUAUAGAAAGAGGCGCAUUUGACGAUCUUAGUGCCAUGAAAAGAUUACGAUUGGAUCGAAAUCAAUUAAAACAUAUUCCGGAUUUAUUAUUCGCAAACAUGCCUGAUUUACAACGACUAGACUUGAGUUUCAACCGAAUAAAAUCUGUGGGCAAACGUACGCUAACAGGCUCGAGAGUUUUAAAGAACUUACAACUAGAUCACAACGAGAUCAGCUGCAUAUCGGGGUCAACCCUCUCAGAACUCACAAAUAUGGUAUAUCUGACACUGAACAACAACAACCUCACGACGUUACCAGAAAACGUUUUCACCGGAAUGACGAAAUUAAAAGUAUUACGGUUACGUGAAAACAAGUUCGCCUGUGACUGUCGCCUCGCGUGGUUAUCAACAUGGCUACGUCCCCGGAACAGGCGGCUAGGGCGCCAUAUGACAUGUCAAACACCCAUCAAUCUCAAGGGGAAGUCGUUCUCUCGCGCACGGACGGACGAACUCAAAUGCAAUAACGUGGAUGCUUCUUCCGAUGACGACCAGUGCCGCGAAGAGAGCGUUUGUCCGGCCGAGUGUACAUGUACGGGAUCGUUCGUGGAUUGCCGGGACCGACAACUCACGGAAAUACCCGAUAACUUGCCUACGGACGCUACCGAACUGCGAAUAGAGCAAAACAGAAUCACAAGAAUCCGAGCGGGUGUCUUCGAUCACAUGAGGCGACUGAGGAGAAUAGAUCUCAGCAACAACGCCAUCGUAGCUGUAGACACAGGCGCGUUUUCGGGUCUCUCGACCCUUAAUACUUUAAUUAUGUACGGAAACAAGAUAACGGAGCUGCCAAUGGGUGUUUUUGAUGGUCUAACCUCUUUACAACUGCUACUUCUGAACAACAACAAGAUCUCCUGUGUGCCGCUGGAAACAUUUAACCACCUCGGGAACCUCAAUUUGCUGUCCCUGUUUGACAAUAAAAUCGAGUCACUUGCAAAUGGAACAUUCACACCGUUGGAGAAUUUACAAACGCUUCACUUGGGGCGUAACCCGUUCGUGUGCGACUGUAACCUCGCAUGGCUGGCCGACUACCUCGAAGCGAACCCCAUCGAGACUUCCGGUGCACGAUGCGAGCGUCCACGCCGCAUGGAACGCAAGAAACUAGCCGCAACAAAGUCCUCCAAAUUCAAAUGUAAAGGCACCGAAGAGUACCGAACACGUCACGCGGGCAGGUGCACGGUGGACAACAGGUGCCCGCUAAAGUGUGACUGUACCGGAACUACGGUUGACUGCUCCUCGCGUCGUCUCACUUCCGUUCCCACGGACCUUCCGCCAUACAUCACACUCUUAAACCUUAAAGACAACCAGAUAACCAAACUAUCUCAGGGAGUUUUCGAUGAGCUGCCAAAUCUCAAACUACUGGAUUUGAGUGACAACCUCAUAGAAAUGAUUGAGGACAACACGUUCACCAAGAUGGAAAACCUCGUGGAGUUAAACCUAGCCAACAACCGACUGGAGAAGCUAUCUGGACGGAUGAUGACCGGCCUGACCGCCGUCCACCACAUCUCGUUGACGAGUAACCGUCUCCAGUGCAUCAGUAACACCACAUUCCGGGAAACCAUCAACCUCCGCAAAAUUGACCUGUUUGACAACCAGAUCGGGUGUAUACAGGAAGGAGCGUUUGACCGCGCACCGGACCUCACAUCUUUGAACCUCAUGUCAAAUCCUCUCUCGUGCAAUUGUCACUUGAAGUGGUUUUCUACGUGGCUUCGCGCGCAUGACGUCCUCGUGGGCAGUCUCACGUGCUACUCACCACGUGCCGUGCGGGACACGCCCUUCCUCGAUAUCGACGCGGAAAAGAUGGUCUGCGAAGAAAACAACGAGAUCGGCUGCAAUGUUGGAAUCCCUCCAUGUUGCUCAGACAAGCCAAUCGACCACCUGAUACAGAGGAACUGUGACCCGCGCGUGCAGUGUCCCGCCAAGUGCACAUGCAAGGGGACGGAAGUGCGCUGUAGCCGCCAGGGUCUCACAGCCAUCCCUUCCGGUAUCCCCCUCGAUACCACGGAACUGUACUUGGACGCUAAUCUUAUUACGGAUGUCGACAGUGAGGCUGAUGACGUCAUUUCCGAGAUUGGUCGUCUCAGAAAACUCAUUAAACUGGACUUGAGCAAUAACCAGAUUCUCACCCUGCCUCCCCGACUCUUCAACAACCUCACCCACCUGUCAACACUCAUCCUGGCCUACAACAAGCUGCAGUGUGUCUCAGAUACUUCCUUCAGUAAACUCACAGAGCUCAGGAUCCUGUCCCUCCAUGGCAACAAUCUGUCCUCCAUUCCUUAUGGAGCCUUCAAUGACCUGACGUCUCUCACGCAUUUAGCCCUCGGUGGGAACCCCCUAUACUGCGACUGCGAACUCAAGUGGCUAUCUGACUGGAUGAAAUCUAAGUACGUGGAAUCUGGUAUCGCCGCCUGUGUAGGGCCGCCGGAUAUGGUUAACAAGCUGCUUCUGACCACGCCCUCGCAUCAUUUUGAGUGUACAGGCAAACCUGAUCCAGAAGUUCAAGCCAAGUGUAACGUGUGUUUCCGGAACCCAUGUUACAACGGGGGUUUAUGCAGCGCACAGGGAUUCCGCGACUUCCGGUGUGAAUGUACCCCUGGUUACCAUGGACGCCGGUGUGAGGAGGAAAUUAACGCAUGUUUUGGGAAUCCUUGUAUGAACGAAGGAACGUGCAAGCUCAAGGAUCGAAAGAAUCUCUUCGGAAGCUUCAUGUGCCUCUGUGUGCCCGGGUUCGAGGGUGAGAGAUGUGAGGUGAACGUGGACGACUGCACGGGUCACACAUGUCAGAAUGGCGCAACGUGUAUAGACGGGAUACAGUCGUACACGUGCCUUUGUCCAUCGGGACAUACAGGUGAGAAAUGUGGGGAGAAGAUACAAUUCUGCCAGAACGAGUACAACUACUGCGAACAUGGCAAAUGCGUCGACCUGGGCUCAGACUAUAGAUGCGAGUGCGAGGAAGGAUAUGAGGGCAAGAACUGUUCCAGCAACAUUGACGAGUGUGUGGACCACAUCUGCCAGCACGGGAGCACGUGUGUGGACGGCAUCAACACGUACACGUGCACAUGUAGGCGAGGAUUUACCGGCAAAUAUUGCGAAAUUUCGCCCGUGGACAUAGACGUCGUUUCCGGUCAGGGAACCGGCCUCUGUCAGAACCAUGAUUGUCAGAACAAUGGCGUAUGCUACGAAGAGAGCUCAUCCUCGGACUAUUAUUGCAAAUGUGUGGCUGGCUUUGUAGGCAAGAAGUGCGAGAAGCUCGCAAGCUUGUCAUUCAUGGCCGUGGACUCGUAUAUACAGCUGCCCAAAUUCAACUUUCAGACCUUUUCCAACAUAACGGUUACGCUUAAAACCAACUCGAGCUCCGGGCUUAUUAUGUACACAGGUAUGGAGGAACAUCUGGCAAUAGAACUCUACAAGGGACGCGUGGCCGUCAGUUUCUUUGUGGGCAAGAACCACACGCCAUCACAGUUCAGCUAUCUGUUCAGCUUCACGAAGAUCGACGAUGAUCAGUUCCACACAAUAGAGCUGUUGGUGUCCCAGCGGAACUUCACGAUGCGAGUGGACAGCGGGGUACCACGGACGGUGAUUAACGAAGGCGAUCAUCAGUACUUGGCGGUGGACGAUGACAUGUUCCUCGGAGGAGUUCCGAGGCACGUGAGCGACCGCGCACAGCGGAAAUUCCAUAUAAGGGACGGCUCAAGCUUUAAGGGAUGUUUCGCCCAAGUUCUCAUUAACGGCAAACCCCUGGACUUCAUGGUGUCCAAGAAGAAUCACAAGAUGACUCCAGGCUGCAGCAGUCCUGACCCCUGCCUCGCGCACAGGUGUCAAAAUAAGGGCCACUGUCGCCAGCGUGGGGCCGAGUCGUACGAGUGUCGAUGUACGCGAGGCUAUAGCGGCGAGUUCUGUGAAAUAGGUGAAUAUUCGUCAGAUAGUAGCUAUACUCCGACGUGUAAGGGAAGCGUGUUUAAAGACAUUUAUGUGGACCCAAAAACAAACUGCCGUUCCCGACGACAGAUUAAGUACCGACGGUGCGAGGGCGGCUGUGGGGCUCAUUGUUGUCAUCCGACGAGAAUAAAAAAUAAGAAAGUGCUGCUUUAUUGUGCAGAUAAUACCCAGUAUGUUUAUGACUUGCCAAUAAUUCGAAAGUGCGGCUGUAAGAAGUGUUGAAGACAAAUGCAGUGACACAUUUACAUGCAGCGGCACAUUUACAGUUUUGUUUUCGUUCCUAUUGGAAUACUUAAAGACAUUUUACUGAAAUUUCGGGUAUUUCAUUGUACAUAAUUGUCACGUGAUACGUUCGGUAUCUAGAUACAUAUAAACCUAAAAAAUGGCAUUUCGUGCAUAUACAUUUGAACAAUGACCUCAUGCAUUGUGUCAUAUAGUGUUGUCAUCAAAAAUUGUGUAAGGCGUUCGAAAAGAUAACGUUAAGUUAACGUGUGAAUUCAAGAAAUCUAACGAAGUCGCCAUCUUGAAUAUCUACGCAACUGGCAGUCGGAUCACCUUGGUCAUGUUCGUCCACGAAACGAACCAUUCCGGAAACCGCCGAAAGUAAAGAACGCGUUUAUGUAUGUAUGUAUGUUACAGUAAAGCACUAAACGAGAAGGCUGGAAACGAAUGACAAAAACAGUGGUGUGAAAUUGUGAACACUUCAGUUUCAAACAUUUCUGUGAAAUAUUCAUACAACGUGUAUGGUAAUGAGAGAAAGUGUGGAUAUGUGGUAACACAUACAUGGAUAUUGAUAAUAUAGUUGUUAUACAAAAUAAAUUAUCUACAUGUAGCUUCUGAUAAUUAUAUUAUAAAUUUAAUGUGUGUACAGAUAUUUCAUUGUAUUUAUAUUUCAUAGUUCACAUAGAUUAAAUUGUACAUAAUAAGUGUUUCCUUAUACAUAAUAUAUGUGACAGACUUAAACAUAAGAAUUUGAUGUUGAACUGGAUUUAUUAUUACUGUUAGGAUGAGAAGCAACAAUGAGCUUUCCUGUGCUUUAAUAUUAUAUUUACCAUUUCCAGCAAAACGCAAAAAGGGCUUUUGAUGAAAAUAUGUAAUAUAUAUAUAUAAUAUUUAACCACUAAAAUGAGGAGGUAUUAUUUCCUCUCAACAUCUCCCAUUCUGAAAGUUUAAAAGUAAAACUUAUUUAUGUUUUAUUUGUAAACUAUUGAGUUACACGUGUUAAACAUAUGCUAUAUAGCACCGCGACAAGCAGAAACGGGUCUUAGAGCAAAUAUAACGUAAUCGAAAUAUAUGACGUCAUAGUUUGUCAUCACUAAAAUAAAAUGGCGGAUAGUUGGUCUUGUUACAUGUACUUUACGCUUCUUUUUUGAUGUCAUAUUUCUUCCAUUUGAUAAAUAUAUAAAUUAAGAUAUGAAGACCCAUUUCUGCUUGUUGGGGUCGUUCACGUCGUAUGUGUUAUGUACUAAUCUAUGCAUUGCAACGUUUAGUGUGAAGCUGUGUCAAGAUGUACAUGGUUAGGACUUGUAAGAGCAUUUUUACAGCAAUCUUACAUUUGAAAAUCAGUGUGUUGACAUUUAGACAAGUAGUAUACUUAGUUUUACUAUUAUACCAAACUGUCCCAUGUGUACUUUAUGUUAUAAAUAUUGUGGUACUCUUUUGACUUAAAAGAAAUAUGAAAUAUGACAUGGUAAUACCAGGCAUCAACAUUUAACAUUAUGGUUAUUAUCAAAAAAAGUUGUGGGACCGAUUAUUUUGAGUCGUGUCAAAAUGUACACUGUAAGGAUGUAUAUGAACAUUUUUACACAAUAAUCAUUUGAAAAUCACUGUGUUGCAAUUUAGACAAAGUAGUAUACUUAGAUAUAUACUAGUAUACCAGACCGAUCUAUGUGUACCGUUAAAACUAGUGUGGUCCUCUUUUGGCUUGGAAGAAAUAAAAAAAAUACGACUUAAGAAAUAGGACAAAGUUUUAUUUUAAAACAUUGUAUAUUCAUCUAAUUGAUGUUUUGGUGUUGAAUAUGUUUUAGUAUUUACAGUGCUAAUGUUCCAGUUCAAGGCUUUCCUUGAAUGAGACCAAACCGCUGUGAACUACUAACUUUACUAUACAAUGUUCUUUCUGUUUGUAUCCAUCAUACCAAAUUAGACGAAAAGCCAGUCUUGUUUUUUUCUGUUUUAAAACAAAUCGUUACUUGAAUUUUUUUCUUGGUUUUCGAUGCAAGUUGUCUGGGUUUCCUUUGUUAUUAUUAAUUCAUGGCCAGUACAUGUCUUCACAUUUCAAACUAGUUUUGAACCUUUUUCCAUCAAGUAAUUUCAGUCGAAUUUAGGGUAAGCGUACUUGCGCCAAGCAUUUUUGUUUCAUUUCAUCUGCCCUGUAAAAUGUGUUUGAAAUAAAAAAAACUCGAAAAGUUAUGAUUAGGUUUGUUGUACAAUAAAAAUCAAAGAUUUUUCAUAAUGAAUUAGAUCAAGGUAGAACGACACCAUUAAAUAACAUUGAACGCUUUGUCCGUCUCUGUGUUAUGCACAUUAGGCAAUAAUAUUAAUUGACAAUACAUUUAGAAUAUUAAAAACAAUGUAUCAACACUAACGUAAGUCCAUUUCUAUUCCAUAACAAAAAUAUAGAUUAGCUUUACGUUUCCCAUCGCCAUGAAACCAAUGAAAUUUGUUGCAAUGUACAUGUAUAGUUUUGUGUUUACGUAAAGGACUGAUUUAUAAUAAAAUGAUGUUCACUGUUUCA